CACAGCGCGGUCGCGCGCCGUCCCGUGACGACGACCGCUCUGCGACGACGCCAUGUCGCGCGAAGUGGAGCUGGAACGGCCGGCCCGGGCCGAGCAGCCGCGGGAACGCGUGUUGCAGAAGCCGCAGCCAGCAGCGUCCAACGGUCCCGUAACCGGCGGCGACGCCGAGGCGGAAGAGGUGGUGCUGGAGAAAGAGGAGCAGUGCGUCUGUCAGAUCUGCACGUGCGGGAAACACCGCUGUCGUUCUGCCUCAACCGGCUCCUUCGCUAACGAUGCACAGGAGAGUCUGCAACAAAGAGCACGCACAAGCUGUGAAAAAGAAGCCGGAAGGAGGCAGUGGGAAGUAUCACCCGACACUGUACUCCAGAUUUCGAAAUCCUAUCGCAGCAUCGAGCGUCAAGAUGACGCAAGCGAAACGACGACCGCCUCCGAACAGAGAAUCUCAAAGCACGAGCGCGCAUCCGAAAGCAAAGUCUUCCAUUCAGACGCGAUCGCGAUGGGAGGAACGGGUCUCGGUCACGAAGGCAGAGCCCAGACUGACGGUGCAGUCGUGGACGGACUCUCGUACCAACAGGCAGUUAUGCACGAAGACGUUGCGGCCACCCACCUUGUCCAAAGUUCUGAAUUUGAAGCUCAUGAAGCGGAGGAGCGUAUGAAAGUGGAGAACCGUCACUGCCACCACACCCACCAUCACCACGACCACCACGACCUGCACAGCUUAUCCGGGAGGGCGGAUGGCGGCCAGGUUCAAGGCAGAGUAUCGUCGCUGUACCGUCCAAGAACGUCGCUGAGGCUCGAGGGUCCGGGCGAAUACAUUACCACCAGUUCUGACUACUUCUCGACGAUCGACCAGAACCUAGUCUCGAGAGCAGAACAGUAUAGCUUGGAGCGGCAGGAUGUUGCUGCUGCUACGGCUGCUUCUACUGCUGCAACUGCUGCCGCUAGAACUGCCGCUAGUACUACCGCCACUGCUGCUGCUACUGCCAGAUCCGGUUCGCGACACUAUCCGCUGACUCGGCCACAGACCAGCUUGAGAACUGGCGGCAAGACACACUACUCUACCACUACUGGCGAAGAUUUCAAGCACCGGGAACAAACGGAAAUGGUCACGAGGAGGCUGCGACCACGAAAGUUCGACGAUCCAUCUUACGACAGCUUGCAUGCGGACGUCGAAACUGACGUCAAGAAGAGGCGCACCGAAAUGGAAGCCGAGGACCAAGCGUCAGCGGAUCUCUUCCAAGAGGAACGAGAAGGUAAAGCUAUGCAUGAAGCCGCUUAUGGCCGCCAGUUCCGAGAAGACGCGGGAAGAGCAGCCACGCAGGAAGUCUUUCACGGCCGCCAAUUUAGAGGGGGAGAAGUAGUUUCGACGGAAGCGCGUGCAUUGGAAGAAGCGAACCUCGAAGAACGUCACGAUCAUCGGGCAACAUCAACAUAUGAGGAAGCGCGUGACGAAUUCGAGGCCCCUCAUUAUCAAGACGCGGAGAGAUCGAGGCCAGUCGACCGGCCAUUGACAAUGGCGAACGCGGAGGCGUACUAUCGUCCUGAAAUGUCCAUCCCGUUCUACCCCAAAGACAAUCUUGCGGUGUCGUCGGGUCAGAUGGAUUUACGCACGACAAACGAGCUAGAAUUUUGCAAGAAAAAGAUGGACCGAGUCAGGCCUGUCAAGCCCAAGUCCCUGUCGAAGUUGUUUGGCAGCAACGGAAGCUCGUCUGAAGGAGAUCCUCAAGCGGCAGCCUCACGCCGCCGCAAGGAGCACAGUGUUGGAAAAAGCUCAAGGAUGGAUCAGAAGGACAGUGUGAAACAUUUACAUGCAGCCGGGCUUAGCUCCAAUUAUGAAGACGCUAAGAUGCACAUGGGUGCUAACAAUGUACUCAUAAAGCGAAAGUCCAAGGGUCAAAGAAAAGCCCACUUUGAAGAAGAUAGUGUAAAGUGGGAAGGUCCCGGCACAUACUCAACCACGACGAAAGACUCGUACAAGAAGCCUGAAAGCACGCAUGCAAAGGUCGCUCUGUGCAGGCGGCCUCAGAGUCACGACGUCUUCCACAGGUUUACGCAAACUGGAGAUGAGUUACGAAGAAUUAAGGGGAAGAAGAAAGACGCCGAUGGAAUUACCAUGUUUGGUCGAAAGGAUUCCGCAGAGCUGAUUGCCGAAAUACAGGGUCUUUUAGGUGAAAGCGAAAACAGGGGCGCUAAAAACAAAGCAACCAAACAAGACGCGUCCGCACGCAAUAGGGUUGGUGCGGUGUCGACGUCAAAAAAAGAACGCGCUGUGCAAGCAGUGCAAACAGACAGUUGCCAGGAAUCGCGGCAAGGAGGGCACGAGCGUCAAAGAGGGCAGGAUAAGGUCAAAAGCGCUAAGAAGCAUGGACAUCAGAAAGCCCAUUUUGCUGGACAGGAAUCCAUCAUUGCGAAUGGAGAAAGUACAGCGGCACUCAAGAAAAAUAGCGCAGAAACUUCAGUGGAACAGCGCAAAACUGAAAUGCGGGUCGGAGAAGUUAGAGCUGGACAGCAAGAAUAUCUUGAGUCUGUUGCGACAGCGAAGAAGUUUGAGACCGUGCACCAAGUACGAGCGAAGACAGAACACGACGUUCAUAGGAGUGAAGAGGUCAUUGUGGAAGGUAACGAAGCACAGGGCUACUUUGGUGAGGGUGCCUUGAGUUCUGAAGCUCAGCUGCAGGCCCAGAAAGGUGCCGAGACGCACGUUGCGUCUAGGCCGCAGGCUUCGCGUGUCUGUCCGCAUGUGAACAGCGCAAGCCGUGAGAGGCUUCGCUUCUCUACGACUACAUCGGACAGCUUCAAAGACGUUAGCGAAAAGAUACAGCCCGCAAAGCCUUUUUAUCCUAAGCCAAAUCUCGCGCCCGAAGGAAGCAUGAGCUUUGAAACAGUCCACCACGGAGAGUUCACUCCCAAGACAGUCGCGGAAGUGCCGACGCCGGUCAGGCCUGUGUCGACGCUCAAGCUGAGCGAUGACACCUCCUAUGUGAUCAGGAAUGAAGACAAAAUUGGCUACUCCAAGACGGCUCCUUUCGUUGGCGAAACAAGGUACUCCGUAAGAAAACCGGAGUCCACUCUAGUACUCGGACAGGAUUCCGCAGACUACAAAACGACUUCGCAGCUCGAGUACAAGGAGCACGAGGCCCACGAACGGGAGGACAUCUACAAGAAGGCUGUCAAGGAUAGGCGGGACAGACACAGGACGUACACACGGGGGCAGCACGCCGUAGCUGCAGGGUUGACAACAGGCGCGGCGCAGCAACAACGCCGUCGUACUUCCUCGGGCAUCGAGGAAGUGACGACGACGUCCCGGGAAGCCUUCAAGCCAGUGACAGUUGAGCGGCCCCAGCCGUAUAGGCCGCAGAGCUGCCUCAAGGUGCGGAGCGCGGAAGACUCUUACGCCGAAAUCUCGACAACGAUGAGAGACACGUUUAGGCGCGUCACGCCCACGGCAAGAGUCAAACCCAUCAAGCGCGAGGCAUCUCUGAAGAAGCUCGGCGACGACACCAACUACACGCCCCGAAAGACGACUACCGGUGAGGCCUACAGCGAAGUCAAGAUACCACCGAAACCCGUGCCUUAUCGCCCCACGGACAACUUGAAGGUGACCGGAGGGAUGACGUUCUCGACUACGACUCAGGAAUCGUACGCCUCGCGGUCGAGCCUGCAGCGCAACGCUACCGAGUUCGUCGAACGCGCCAAGCCGAUCAAGAGAGACGCAGUUGCCAAGGACAUCAUCUUUCCGGUUGACUCUUCGGGCACACUCGUCCAAGGAGGCGCGGACUACUGCUCGAUUUGCAAGGCUGAAGAGUCGGCGGGUGUGCUGCGGUCUCUCGAGAACACGAGUUCCUACGCGCGCAUCAGCAAAGCACCACGCGAGAGACCACGAACGCACCAGAAAGUGGGACGAGGCGCGUUUGAACACACGACCACGUCCAUGGCUGAGUACCAGGACCCGAGGACUCAGUCAUGGAAGCAGCGCUCGAUGGCUACUGGCCGCUUGGUGCGAACUGCGAGCGCCGAGUGCCCGGCCGCGUUCCUGAACACGGACAGGUCGGAGUACGUCUUCAAGGAGGUCGUCGGAAGCCACAAGUUCUACCUUCCUGCUGUGCAGUGAUGUGUGGGUCGGUGCCUGCUGGAGGAGAAGGUUUAAACUGCACCCCCCCCCCCUCCCCGUAGCAAUGUCUUGAAAAGUUGUCAUCAGGGGGAAUGAUGGACUCAAGGUAAACGUUCAAUGGCAAAUGUACCAAACCACGUUGUGUUUACGAGUCGUGGCAUUAAGACAUGUGCUUCGUGUGUCCUUCUCCCAGGCCCACACAGGAACUCACGCAUGGAGAGCGCGCAGAGCUGAAACACCAAGAUCAUUUUCAGUGCGUGCUUGGCGCUAGCUUCGCACAAAUUAGUAAACACGUGGACUGACAGUGAUCAGUAGAUGAUUUACUUAUACUGUGUUCAAACGGAUUCUUAUGAAGUUUCUGUAUGCGACAGACAUAGCCAUUCUUAGUUUCUGCGCUAAGCUGGGUAAUUAUUGGAAUGACAAGCAGGGCCUUUCGUCAAGCGCAAAUAUAAUUUGCGCUGUGUGUGUUGAUUAUUGCUGAAUCAAAAUCUGAUCAUUCCUUAGAGUUUCAAUACAACCCUAACGAACGUUGUCGUUUUCAGGCUACAAAUGUUACUUACGAACAAUUUUUGUUGGUGGUGAAAAAAAGAAAAAGAAAGAUGACGAGGGUUUACACAUUGCAUUGAACUUAUCGUAAAGAUAUUGAUGGAUGCUUAUUGCUCUCUCGUAAGAUUUCUGACAAAACAAUUUAUCAGUUAACGUUAUGUUGUCGGUCUAUCUUCAUCACCAUAGUGCAGUGACUUUUAGGCGAUUGUAUCGUGGUCCCCAUCACGAUUACAUGUGCUCGUAAGCCUCGUCUGAUUUCUCGCCAUGAAUGAAACCAUGAUGGAGGGCUUUUUUCCGUGAGUGCUCGAGGAUGUAUCAGCACUUCAGAACACACCUCGUUGUGUUCCCCAAGUGCUCCAAUCCUCCGGCCGCAGCUCAUGUACAGCAGAGUCGAGCACAGUUUAAAACUUUACUCGCGUUUAAAUGUUAUACAGCCGAUUUUGCAACAUAAAAUAACUAGGCAAGGCGAAUAAAAGUUGAACAACUGUGAGUUCCUGGCAGGGAAGUAUUGGUUCCUUUGGUACUUUGUUACGAGUUACUUUGAUCGAAUUGACAACGCACAAGGUAAUAAUAAGAACAAAUAACAGUUUUAACUUUACGGCCAGCUACAAGUGGGAUGUAAUGAACGGCCGAAAGUGUUUACCCAGGAUUUGGUAUCUACUGAAAGAACGAGAACAAAUUUAACAAGCAGUUGCAUGCACAUUGCUUGAAUAACGCGCGCUAACUUUCCAAUAACUGCUGCUUCGUGCUAUUAUUCGUUCUCGCUUCACUCUUUACAUGCAUAUUUAAUGUUUUAGAAAAAAUUACACCAGGAAAACGUAAUGGGCCAAUAAAAUCUGCUUUUCAUGAUGCCUAUAGUUAAAAUUGGCUUUCUUUUUGUUCGUACCACUGGUGGUGUCUAUAUAUUUACAUGUGUUACAUGUGUCACAUGUGUCGCGGGUAACCAACAGUGACCGCACAAUGGAAGAAGCGUCAGCCUGGGGUCAAGGUUCUGACAAGAGGACUUUCCAGGCUGAUGCGUCCCUUGUUCGAUCGACGACUACUGAUCACUUCAUGCCUCCAUCUUCCUGUGAGCCCAUUGUCACAAGUGCUACAUGUGUGAAGGUCCAUCGGUCAUGGUAUUGGACAAUCUGAAAGCCGUCGAUAUUUGAAGCAAAGGUCGUUGCUGAGCCUGCUUGCACUUAUGUAUAAUCAUUACGAUGUAGUAAUGAACGCAAGAAUGGUGAAAAUAAAACAAGCGUUUUCAGAAAA